AUGGAUCGUUUAGAAAUAAGUAGGUGUGAUGAACUUACUAUUAAUUCUCUUUUAAAUUCCAUUGAAACUAAAACUAUCAAAUUUAUUGAUUGUACUAUUUGUUUCAAUAAAAUCAAUUUCUAUCCUCUUCAAACGUUAACUUCUCUUUGGAUUAAAAGAAUGAAAUCAUUAGAUCUUCUUCUAUUAAAUCAAAUGAAACAACUUAAUUCUCUUCGUCUUGAAUAUAUUGAAGAAACAAAAAAUGUCAAAUCUUUAUUAGAAAGUGAGUAUCUAAAAAAACUCAUCAUCAAAAACUGUAGAGGAAUUUAUCUGAAAACAAUCGUUAGAAUGAAACAUUUACUUACAUUGGAUUAUGACCAAAGAGACUUACCAGUUAAAGGACCUUUCAAGAAACUUCUCAACAAAUUAAAUCUAAGUCAUAACAAUGAAUUUCUUAAGUAUUAUACUUACCUCAGACAAUUACCAAAUUGCAAAUACAACUCUGUUCAAAUAAAUUUCAUUCAUCCAUCACUAACAGACAACUACUAUUAUUUUAAUCAUACCAUUGAAUAA